UCUUACUAUUUUUCUACCUUCGCUCCCCAUGGACGACAUCCCACCCUACCCCCCAAUCGAUCCAACCACCUUCGACCUCAUCGUCAUAGGCACCGGCCUUCCUGAAUCCAUCAUAGCCGCCGCCGCCUCAACCGCCUCUAAAUCCGUCCUCCACCUUGAUCCCAAUCCCUUCUACGGAUCCCACUUCUGCUCUAUUCCUCUCGCCGAUCUCCCGUCAUUCCUCUCCACCCACUCAACCUCACCGUCACCACCGUACCAACAAUCGUCCGACGAAAGUAAUGAGUUUUCCGUCUUGGGUUUAUCUACUCGUCCUCUCUACUCCUCUAUCGAUAUCACCAGGUUUUCCCCUGACCUCCUCGAUAAGAACUCCAGAAAGUUCAACCUCGAUGUGGCCGGACCUAGGGUUUUCUUUUGUGCCGACAAAUCUAUUGAAUUGAUACUAAAUACGGGAGCCAAUCAGUACAUGGAGUUCAAGAGUAUUGACGCCACUUUCGUAGGGGACAACAAGGGGAAUUUCUCGAGUGUGCCGGAUUCCAGAGCUGCCAUAUUCAAAGACAAGAGUCUGGGACUUACCGAGAAGAAUCAGUUAAUGAGAUUCUUCAAGCUGGUGAAGGGACACUUGGCUGGAGAACAAGACGUAAAGAUUUCCGAUGAGGAUUUGCAGAGUCCGUUUGUUGACUUCUUGAAUAAAAUGGGAUUGCCGCCCAAAAUUAAAUCGUUUAUACUCUAUGCGAUAGCAAUGGCUGAUUAUGAUCAAGAAGAUACUGGAGUUUGUAGAGAUUUGCUGAAGACAAAAGAUGGGAUCGAUCAGUUGGCUCUGUAUAAUGCAUCUAUUGGCAGGUUUCAAAAUGCUUCUGGAGCUUUGUUAUAUCCUAUCUAUGGGCAAGGGGAACUAUCCCAGGCUUUUUGCCGUCGUGCUGCUGUCAAAGGCUGCAUUUAUGUAUUGCGUAUGUCAGUUACUGCAUUGCUUGUAGACAAGGAUUCUGGUUGUUACAUGGGUAUUAGAUUAGCUUCUGGUCAGGAUAUAUUCAGCCAGAAACUUAUCAUUGAUCCAACCUUUAAGGUAACAUUGCCAUCAGGCUCAUCCCCACCGCUUCCACUUCCACUUCAAGGAAAGCUUCCAUUUUUCAGUCAGAAGGAUGAUAGAGGAAAGAUAGCGAGGGGAAUAUGCCUCACAAGGACUUCUUUGAAGACUGACAUGUCCAACUUUUUGGUUGUAUAUCCUCCAAGAUCAUUGUUUCCUGAGCAGGUUACAUCCAUCAGACUUCUCCAAAUAGCUAGCAAUUUGGCUGUUUGUCCACCGGGCAUGUUUGUGUUGUAUAUCUCAGCAUUAUGUGAUGAUGAAGAUCAAGGGAAGAAAUUAAUUCAUGCAGUCAUGACCACCGUUCUUACAGUUCCUCGUAUAAAUUCUGAAAGUAAUGCUGCAGCUCAAAAUGAAACUGCAGGAAGUAGUUCUACAGGUACAAGUGAUCCUGGAGAAGGAAAACCUACUCUACUUUGGAGUGCGUUAUAUAGUCAGGAGCUCACUUUGGGUCAAGUUGAUUUUAUAUGUUCAACUCCCAUGCCAGAUGGUAAACUGAACUAUGAUGAUCUUGUAGAUGCGGCUGAUAAGUUAUUUAAGGAGAUUUACCCUGAGGAUGAAUUCUUUCCACAGACAUCCUCAAAGAAUCCCGAGGAUGAUGAUGAUGGUGAUGGUUCUCCAGAGACAUAAAGAUUUGCUACUGAAGUACCCAUUCUCUAUUUAAGGAAGUAUCAAAUGAUCGGGAUCCUUUUCCCAGAUUUGUUGCUAUGUAAUGAUCUAUUUGAAAUGGUGAAGAAAAAAGGAAAGGCGUUCGAUACACUUACGGUAACAAAGCCACUGUUGGUCCAAUUUCCCUUUGUAUAAACUUUUGUUGUACCCAUCUUUUACCAGUUAUAUUUUGGCUAGAUCUCUUGUUACUUUUAUAGUUCUGAUGUAUGAAUCGAGUUGCAGCGACAGUUAUGAAGUGCAUGAAUGCUUAAACUACACUUCAUUUUUUUCGAAUUAAAUAAAAAGGUUGCCAUUGCCAAUAUUACCAUUAACAAUCAAGGAGCUUCCUUCUUA